AGACUCGACGGAGAAGCGAACUAAAAUCAUUCCACGGCAAUGUACGAAGACUGAUGCUCUUGUCGUGGACACAUUGUGCAAAACGGGAAAUUUUACUUUUUGGAACGGAUUGAAAUAUCCGAUACAAGUUUUUUUACAUGUAUAAUGUUGUGAUAUACGCCGUCGAAAGUGGUGAUAAGUGUUUUCAUUAGAAAUUUUAACAGUGAAAUCAUACAAAGAAUAAGUGUGAAGUGGUGCAAUAGUGUAACUGAAUUUGGAUUCUAAAGGAUUGCAUUUUACCCGAAGGCUUAUCCAUAAUAAGGUCUCAGCCACAACCGUGAACUCAAAACAACUGCACUCGCAUUAUGAGAGUGCGCUCCUUUUGCUUAUGAUCUGCACUUGAAAGCAAAUCUACGCUUGAAUACACUCCACCAUGGAAUUCCUAUGCUCGGGGCGGACGCGGGACGCGGCGGGCAAGCGACGGCGCGCGCGGUAAAGUGCCGGCCACAUGCGCCCGCACCAUGUGGCGCGUGCUGCUGGCCCUGACGGCCGCGUGCGCCGCCGCGCGUGCCUCCCAGGAUGUGGUACGCACCUUUACCGACCCCGUUGGAUCAGCGACGUCCUUCUUCAAUCACCUCGUCGUCGACCGGAAUACCGGCCGCGUCUACAUUGGAGCAGUCAACAGAAUCUACCAACUAUCGCCAGACUUAGAGGUUGCCCAAUCUAUUAUAACGGGACCUGUGAACGACUCCGCCCAAUGCACCUACGACUGUCCCCCGAACUUCAUCAAGAAACCGACGGACAAUGUAAACAAAGCUCUUGUGAUAGAUUAUGCGACUAGUCGCCUGAUAACGUGUGGUUCGGUGUUGCAGGGGCUGUGUUCGGUACGGAAUCUGAAUAACAUUUCUCAUGAUGUGCGCGAAGUCCGAGAACCAGUGGCGGCGAACAAUGCGACAGCGUCAACAGUGGCGUUUAUCGCACCCGGUCCGCCUAAUCCUCCGAUGACGCAAGUUAUGUAUGUAGGCGUAACGUUCACGGGCAAUUCACCAUAUCGUUCUGAAGUUCCUACGGUCAGUAGCCGAUCCCUUGAAGAUGAUAGACUAUUUAUGAUUGCCAGAACCGCAGUUACAACUGGAACACGAAUGUUUGUCAAUUCUCUGUCUCGAGAACGAUAUCCUAUAAACUACGUUUAUGGUUUCAGUUCUGAGGGAUUUAGUUACUUCUUGACUACGCAGCUAAGAGGAGUUGGUUCUGAUACGUAUUACAGCAAACUAGUUCGUGUUUGUCACGAUGAUGAGAAUUAUUACUCUUAUACUGAGAUACCUAUGUCUUGCAUGGGAGAAGGUGGUGGCAAUUAUGGCUACAACCUAGUACAAGCAGCUUUCGUAGGAAAAGCUGGGUCUGUGUUGGCUGGAGAACUAGGAAUAACUGCUCAACAUGACGUUCUGUUUGCUGCUUUUAGUCAAAGUGAGUCGAUUAACACUAACACACCUUCAGACGUAUCAGCUUUAUGUGUCUACUCUCUGAAAGCGAUUCGUCGUAAAUUUAUGCAAAAUAUAAAAACAUGCUUCAGCGGCAAUGGAUCUCGUGGUUUGGAUUUCAUAUCACCAUCCCACCCAUGUAUCGGAACUAAAUUGCAAUCUAUCAGUGAAGAUUUUUGUGGACUCGAUGUAAAUACACCUCUCGGAGGAGAGCAACCCGUUGAAGCAGUACCUGUAGCUAAAUUCAGUAAGAGGCUAACAGCAGUAGCAGCUACGGCAACAGGUGAUUAUACCGUCGUGUUCGCUGGCACGGCCCAGGGACAUCUGAAAAAGAUCGUAGUUGAGAGUGCGAACUCUGCGUUUGAGUACGGCGACAUUGUGGUAGACGAAGGAUCACCAGUGAAUAAAGACUUAUUCUUCGAUACUCAAUUAAUGCAUUUAUAUGUGAUGACUGAACGCAAAGUGUCUAAAGUGAAAGUUCAAGAGUGUAGCGUCUAUAAAUCUUGUUUAACGUGUCUCGGAGCCAAAGACCCUUAUUGUGGAUGGUGUUCUCUAGAGAACAAAUGUAGCCUCAGAUCGGACUGCCAAGAUGCGGCUAAAGAUCCUCUGUAUUGGAUCUCGUAUCGUAGUGGCCGUUGCACAACCAUUACUCAAGUAACACCAAAUCAAUUGCAGCGAACGACUGCUAGAACCUUAGAUUUAGUUAUUGAAAACUUGCCGACUCUUAACGGACAAUUCUUAUGUGCAUUUACUGCUUUAGAUCGUACUUUGAUAACCAAUGCUACUAGAAAACCUUAUGGUGUAAAUUGUACUACUCCGCGCACCGACACGCUCCCACCGAUUCCCGCUGGUCAACAUCAUUUCACGGCUAAAUUGUCGGUGCGCACUACACAGGGACCUGAUUUUGUAGCUACCAAUUUUACGUUUUUCGAUUGCAACACGUACAGCUCGUGUACUCAGUGCGUCAGUUCGUCCUUUCCUUGUGACUGGUGUGUCGACGGUCAUCGGUGCACUCACGAUACAGCUGAAAAUUGCAGGAACGAUAUUUUAGUUACCGGUGUGAGCAGAAUCGGUCCGAGCUAUCGAUCCGGUCCCGGUUUUUGUCCAACUAUAAACUCUACGUCUGACGGUACCAACGAAAUCUUGGUUCCUUCGGGUGUAAAGAAAGCUAUAAAAGUUAAAGUUCAUAUCAUCGGCCAAUUUAUAGUCCAAACUAGAUUUGUUUGUCAAUUCAAUAUAGAAGGUCGCGUCACUCACGUUAAUGCUCAACUUCUUGCUGAUACUAUUUAUUGCGAAGCCGUAGAGUUUACUUACACAUCGCGUGCUCCUAAUAUUACUGCUUCGUUCGCAGUAAUUUGGGGUGGCUCUAAACCAUUAGAUAAUCCAGACAAUACACAUAUCCUUAUUUAUCGUUGUAACGAUAUGGCAGACAACUGUGGUAUGUGUCUAGCUCUUCCAGAUAAAUUCGGUUGUGGUUGGUGUCAGGGUUCUGACAGAUGUGAAGUUCAAGAGCAAUGUGGUGCACCCAGUGUUUGGUUGAACCGUACACAAACGUGUCCUAAUCCUGAGAUUCACUCGUUUACACCAGAAUUAGGCCCGUGGGACGGCGGAACUAAUAUAACCAUCGAAGGCAUAAACCUAGGUCGCAAUAUUUCUGAUAUUUAUAACGGGGUUACUAUUGCAGGAAUUAAAUGCCAACCUAUUAUCGAAUUGUAUGUUAAAACUAGGCGUAUCGUUUGUACGGUUGAUGGACCUGGGCAAGAAGUACCUAGGGAUGGUCCUGUGGUAGUUCGCGUUGCUGAUUAUCGUGGUGAGUCCAGGAAUCACUAUGCAUUCGUAAAUCCUAAAAUUAAUUCUAUCCAUCCUAAAUACGGUCCAAAAUCGGGGGGUACUAUAUUACAUAUCACAGGGGAAUAUCUCGAUGCGGGAAGUAAAAUUGAAGCGUCAAUUGACGAUAUGCCUUGCGCAAUUUUGAGUGUAAAACGCGAUAUGGCUACUUGUAGGACUAGUCAUUCAUAUCAACUUAAAAUGGGUACAUUAAAAAUGAAAUUUGAUAACGGUCUACGUACUAUAGAACAGGAAAAAUUUGAAUACAUAGAAGAUCCUGUCGUAGUUUCUGUGGAAUCUGGUCCGCCUUCAAGUACACAACGAAAACAACCUAAAGGCAUUCCAUCUGGUGGGAUAAAUAUAAAAGUUAUGGGCCGUAAUUUCCAUUCUGUGCAGAACCCUCAGAUUUACGUAUAUCAUGAUAAUAGACCAUACAUAGCUCCUUGUCAUAGAGUCGAUUUUCAAACCCAUUUAAUUUGUGAGUCUCCUGGAAUCGAAAGCGCAGGUCUAAUUCUCGACCCGGAUAGACCUUUGGAAUUGGAAUAUGGUUUCAAUAUGGAUGACGUACAAAGCGUGAAAAAUCUUACUAGUAAAACAGGGGAUGCGUUUUUGCUUUAUCCGGAUCCAAUUUAUGAAAAAUUUGAUGAAGAUGUUAAAUAUUAUAAAUCUGAAUACUUGACCAUUAAUGGUCAGAAUUUAGAUAGAGCGUGUACUGAAAACGAUGUAGAAGUUCACAUAGGCGAUAGUUUGUGUAACGUAACGUCUCUUUCGAGGCAUCAAUUGACGUGUAGGCCACCGUCGCGAGACGAGUUGCCAGACGGCGUGGAUACACCCGAAGUUGUAGUUAAAGUGGGCCGUGCACUCAUGUAUAAGAUUGGUAAAUUAUCUUAUUCGCCACAGGCUGGCCUACAGGCAGCUAUCGGUAAGCCAAUAUUAUUCGGUGUUGUUGCCAGUAUAGUAAUACUCAUUUUAGUCUUUGUCGUGUUUCUAGUUAUGUAUAGGAGAAAAUCAACUGAAAAUAUUAGAGUUUUAAAGAAUAUGCAAGAACAAAUGGAUAUUUUAGAGUUACGAGUAGCAGCGGAAUGCAAAGAGGCAUUUGCAGAGUUACAGACUGAAAUGACAGAUCUGACUGGAGACGUAACGGGCGGUAUACCAUUCCUUGACUAUCGUACAUACGCAAUGAAAAUACUGUUCCCGAACAUUGAUGAACACGCCGUCCUGCAAUGGGAACGCCCAGAGCUUAUUAGGAAAGACAAAGGUCUCAGGAUGUUUGGACAGUUGAUUAUGAACAAAACAUUCCUUCUAUUAUUUAUUCGUACUUUAGAAAGCAAUAGAUAUUUUUCAAUGCGUGAUCGUGUUAAUGUGGCUUCUCUUAUUAUGGUAACUUUACAAAGUAAGAUGGAAUACUGCACCGAUGUAUUAAAGACGUUGCUCGCAGAACUAAUCGAAAAAUGCAUGGAAGGUAAGAGUCAUCCCAAAUUACUGCUUAGGCGCACUGAGAGUGUUGCUGAGAAAAUGCUAAGCGCUUGGUUUACUUUCUUGUUAUACAAAUUCCUUCGUGAGUGCGCCGGUGAACCGUUGUAUCUUUUGUUUAGGUCAAUGAAAGGUCAAGUCGACAAAGGACCUGUAGACGCUAUAACAUCAGAGGCGCGGUAUUCCCUAAGCGAAGAAAAACUAAUUAGACAGUCGAUUGAUUUUAAACCUAUGACCGUGAGUGUAUCUAUAUCGCAACAAACUUUCUUUGUCAGCGGUUUAGAAGCCAUUACCGAAAACGUGCAAGUGAAGGUACUUGACUGUGAUACUAUAAGUCAGGUGAAAGAGAAAUGUUUAGAUGCCAUUUAUCGGGCAACUCCGUAUUCUCAGAGGCCGAGUCGCGACGAGCUGGACUUGGAGUGGCGUACGGGCGCUUGCGGUCGAUUGAUUCUCUAUGACGAGGACAGUACUACUAAAUGCGAAGGCGAAUGGCGUAAACUUAAUACACUUAAUCACUAUCGCGUACCCGAUGGCGCUUGUCUGAGUCUCGUAGCUAAACAAAGUUCCGUUUAUAAUCUGUCCAAUAUGGAAAAGAACGAUAAAUCACACACUUACGAGACAUUGAAUCGCGGUAAAUACGGUUCGGCGAGCCCACCGGCCAGCCCGCUUAAAUACGAACACGGCGGCGGUUUCAAAUAUUGGCAUUUAGUGAGGCAUCACGACGGUGACACACACAAAGAGGGAGAGCGUGGAAAUAAAAUGGUCUCCGAAAUAUACCUUACACGUCUUCUCGCUACUAAGGGUACGCUACAAAAGUUUGUAGAUGAUUUAUUCGAGACUAUUUUCAGCACGGCGCACCGUGGCUCAGCGUUACCUCUAGCUAUAAAAUACAUGUUCGAUUUUCUCGAUGACCAAGCGCUACAACACGCAAUCUCCGAUCCCGAAGUUGUACACACUUGGAAAAGCAAUUCGCUUCCGUUGCGUUUCUGGGUAAAUCUGAUUAAAAAUCCUAACUUUGUUUUCGACGUACACAAGUCGAAUACGGUAGAUUCUUGUUUGUCUGUAAUCGCGCAAACUUUCAUGGAUUCUUGCUCUACCUCAGAUCACAUUCUCGGCAAAGAUUCGCCCUCGUCUAAGCUUCUUUACGCGAAAGAUAUUCCAGUGUACAAGGAAUGGGUCGAACGCUAUUACGCGGAUAUUAAGUUAAUGCCUGCUAUAUCAGAUCAGGAUAUGAACGCGAUGUUAGCCGAAGAGUCGCGACUCCAUACGAAGGAGUUUAACACGAAUUGCGCACUUAACGAGCUGUACGCGUAUGCGGUUAAAUACAACGAGCAGCUGAUGGUGACGCUAGAGGAGGACGAGUUCUCGCAGAAGCAGAGACUCGCUUAUCGCCUCGAACAGGUGCACGGCCUCAUGGCCCACGAUUAUAAUGUGUGAUCUGCUAACGCGUGGGAGGUCAUGUCACCAAACCCACCGCCCUGUAUAUAAAGCCCCCGCACAUAUCUAUGCUGGCAACUAUUGUAUAUAUUAGAUAGUGUACAGUCUUUAAUAUUGUAAUUUUUGUAUAAUUUCAGCGGUCCGAUGUCGUUUUUUAAUUUUAUAUAAAUGAACUUUGUAUUAAUUUUACACGACGAACUCGGCCGGCCGCGGUCGUGCCACAGUAAUAAGCAACGUAAACUAAAAAUUGUGUAUGUCUGUCUAUGUGUGCUCGAGUCGUACGAGUUAAUGUUACGUCAAUCGGUGUAAAAUGUGUGUCGCAAAUGAAAUCGCA